GCUUUGAAAACUCUCGCGAGUCUGUCGGUUGUGUAGUCCCGUCUCCAGAAGCUGCUUCACUUAUUCGGCAACUAGUGCAGUCUGUAGCUGGUAAGAGUUCAAGUUAGGUUAAGUGGUGUUGCGAAGAUUGGACAGGAGCGUCUUUACGAAUCGGGUUUGCACGUAAGUGUUGCUUUAGGGAGAUGGCAUCCCCAGCUCCGAUUAAAGGAAUUUUAAAGAACAAGCGGCGAGCAGGGCCGGAGGAGGCUGUGGCAGAGAGCUCCAAGCAGAAGCCGUUGGUUCAAGAGGUUGACGAUCAGUUUAAGAAAUCACAGAAAUGGGAUGAAAUGAAUAUCUUGGCUACGUAUCAUCCAGCUGACAAAGAUUAUGGCCUGAUGAAGAUUGAUGAACCAAGCACUCCAUACCACAGAAUGGUGGGAGAUGAUGAGGAUGAAGGGGCUGUGAGUGACUCUGAAACAAAUGAAGUCCUUUCUGGAGACAAACUAAUGGAAAGGUUAGGAGCAGCACUACAAAACAACAGACAGGAGGAAGAGGAAGAGAGCAGUGAAGAGGAAGAGGAGGAAUUGACACCAGAAGCAAAAGAAAAAAAGGCAGAGUUUGAAAUGAAAAGGAAGCGCCACUAUGAUGAGGGAAUGAAUAUUAAAUUAGCCAGACAGUUAAUCCAAAAAGAACUUGACGCAUGUAGCGAAGAUGAAGAUGACGAUGAUGGCAUCGAUGACAGUAGUGCCCGAGAUGAAGAUAUGAAGGAGAUUGAUGAUGAUGAUUCUGAAGUAGCAAAUACUACUGAAGAUGUAACAAUUGAAGACCAGCCAGAAGAACAGAAUUUGUAACAAUGAAGAAACAAGCUGCCACUGUAACAAACAAUUUUGCUGAAGAUGAACUUAGAUUUAUAAAGUGAAAGGUGUGUCCUGCUUCUUGACAUUACUAUGUAUGGCCGGAUGUUUAAAAUGAGCAUGUGUUACAUGGUAAUACUAUUACUAAGAAAGCUUCACAAAAUUGGAUGCGUUUAAGAGCUAUCUUUAAUAUUUGUUGCAAGAACACUGCUUCAUCAUUGCAGGAGUGACUUUAGAAGCACAUUAGGAGUGGAAUUUAAUCACAAGACUGAUCCUGGCAGUUUAUUUGAAGCCUUCUUGGAGUAAAUUUAUGCUUACUACAGUAUUUGUAUGCCUGUGUCCUCCAGAUCUGGGAAUAUUUUAACUACUUUCUGAAGAUGGAAUAAGUCAGGUUACACUGCAGAGUGCUUAUCUGGCUUGCUGUGUAACAUGCAGUUCAAAACUAACUUCAAAAGUUGCUGCUUGUGUCUGUUAUCAAGGCUACAACAUAAGAUGGAAACUGAUCAUUGCUGGAUGAAUCCGUUACUCUGCAGAGUAUGCACACAGUUAAAAGUCUUUGACAACAGUCCGAAGUCUUAUCUGAUUUAAGUUGCAUAUUUUAUUUGUAGUACAAUACUUUAAUAUUAUUGUUAAUAUUCAGUUACUGUGCCAGUGAGAUGCAAGUCUUUAAGUUCAUACAAAUGUCCAAGGUAAAUUUCUCUGUUUUGUAUGAGACAAAAUGAAAGUGUUUAAGAAAAUGAUUUUAUAUUGUCUAUUUUAAAGAACUGCUUUACUCCCUUUAUUAAGACUCUUGAUCUGAUCUUUGGAAAAAAAAUUGUCCAUAGUAAGUUAUUGGGAUCUAAUGAUGUGUUGUCUACUUGGUUUACCUCUUUCUGUUGUAUCCCACUGCUGUCAUGCAGAAAAUGCUAACAUUACUUUGUUCUGAAUCCAAAUCUGAUGGUUAGCCUAACUAUGAAUGAUCAGUAAUUUACUAUGUUUCCCAGGUAUUUUGUUUUAUUUCUUGGCAUAGUGUAGUCUGUCACUGCCCUUGCUGGCUGCAACAUUGUUUUGUUAUUACUUCUGUAUACCAAACAUAUUUUGAAUUAUGAGUAAAUGUUAUUUUCUUGUACUGUG